GAGAGACACAGAGAGAGAGGGAGAGGGAGAGAGAGAGGAGGGAGGGAGCUUGUCAUUGUGAAACAACGCUGGCUGGAAUACACGUGUGUUGCAGUUGGUCUCUGCAGAGUUGAAUAGAGGCCAGCAGUGAGCUGGGAGCGGACAGGAGGGGGAGGACUGACCAGCAUGGAGCUCUAGUCACCCCGAAAGAGCUGAGCAAACAGCCCAGCACGGCUCAGCUCAGGGGGGAACGGAGAGAGACGGAGAAAAAGAGGGACAAAAGCAGAAAAGAAGAGAAGGGAAGAUCCCCUCCAGAGUGCAUUGUAUGACACUGUUGGAGUGGAGUCAGAGCGCCUGAAGAUGUCCAGGAGUAGCUCCAUGGGGGACUUGGUGCCUAGGGACAUAACUGAGGUCCUGGCCCUGCAGAGUAAAGUCAGUAAGGGCAAGAAAAAGCGUGGCUCAUCCCUGGGACGGGCGUUCAGUUGGUUUAAGGGCAGCAAGCAAAAGAGGAGCGUCAGUAAUGGUCAGAGUAGGUCAGCAAGUCUGGCAGGACGGACUCCAGAGUGUGCCACCAUCAGACAGGGUCAUGCCAACCAUGACUCCACCAAAGCUGGGCAAAAGCAAGAUGAGCAGAGGAAGCUGACAGUGCAUUACACAGCCUCCCAACACUACCAGGAGAAUGUGUUCAUUGAGGGCAACAGGCCAAAGUAUCUGGAAGACCUCCACACUGAAGCCCAAGAAGGACUCAAGAUACUACAACAGGAGGAGCACAAUAAUGGAGUGGACUUUAAGGAUGAUCAGACUGUUCGCACAGACUCUCCACAAGAAAAAGACGCCUGUUGCCAGGAAAGAGAUGAACAACUGGAUUUUGACAGCACUGCUGACCCCUCCAUCACAUCAGUAUCCAGUAUAUUUGCAGCGUCUUCACGGCCUGUGCUAACACGGCAAGGUUCAACAUUUAAGCCCUUGAACACUGUGAAAAGGCUGGACAAGACCAAAAAGAGAACCAGAAGAACAACCAUUAUGGGAAUCCCACAGCAGGUUCAGAGAGAGCUAUGUAUGGGGAAGGGAGUUUUACUGCAGCAACUCCCAAACAAUGAAGAUGACAAUUCAUCUAGCACAGUCAUAAUCCCAACAAUUGAUGGAGGGGUGCCAGUAACAAACCAUGAAGGGGCCCGUGUACAUCUACAGGACAUUGAAGCUCUCCAGGCCUCCAGAGAUGAGCAACUUCUCAGACACCACAUACAGGCUGUGUACAGAGAUGACUUACUCUUAAACCGCAAACUCGGGCCUCGAACGUCACCUAUGCAGAGGCCCAAGUCCCUUGCUGUACCAGGAAUGACUACUUCCUCCUCCUUCCUGCAGGAACCACAAGGUCCUGUGAUGUCUAUCUCUCCACAGGCUACUUAUUUAUCCACGAUCAUUCCUAAUGCAGUUCUACCUGCUGCUAUAGAUGUAAUAGAAAUUAACAGGAGCCGCAGCCGGCGCAGUGUACGUACAGUUAGCAAGAGCAGCUUAGCAUCCGCAAGUCCAGGUUCUUCACGGUCAGGAGGUGGUACCCAUGAUGUUCCACCUUCCAACAACUCUAAACGUAGCCAUUCGCAAUCUUCUGAGACUGUUGCGUCCAACCCCUCAACAAUUUCCUUCAAAGGUAAUGCUCCACCUUUACAUCCAACAGACAGCACAAAGGAAGUCACAGAUUUAAACCAAGAGGAACAAAGGAGUCAAAAAAGCUCAUCUAGCUGGUUAAGUUCAAGCACCAAAGCAGCCAGUCAUAAACCAGAGCAAGAGGAACUGAGUGAAACUGGGGAAAGUGUCCGAAACAGUCAGCUGUUCUCUCGUAGCAUGUCUGUAACGAAAGCUAAACUACCACCAGCACCACCAAGGAGGACAUACUCUUUGCAUCAGGAAAAGCUUAAGCAACGGUCAAGGGAACAGGCAGACAUAAAAGAUUUAAAUCAUUUGGAAUCCAAUAAUGGCCGAAUGAAUGGAGAUGUCAAUGCAAAAGAAGAUCCUAUAUCAUCCAACAAUGAAAAUAAGUCUACCCAUUCUCCAGUAACAGCAUUUUUGGAUGACACUCACUCAUCUCUGACUUCCAGUCCACAGAGUCCUGAUCAAGAUUACACUGAUGCUCAAACUGGGUCAGGUAACUCAUCCCCACAGAAUAAAUUUGAAAGGACAGUGUCACCAUCAAGUGGAUACUCAAGUCAAAGUGGCACACCAACUCAUCCUUCUAAAGACAUAUGUCCUACCUCUCCAGGAAAGCACAAGGUAAAGCCUCCCAAACCAGAGAGGAUGGGUGCACGAACCUCUCCUGUGGUGUCAGUCUCAUCAUCAAUGAAUUCCCUUUCAUCAGCUGCAACAGAUCCAGCCCAUCUGUCUACACAAACCCACACCACUCUGUCACAGCCACCAAAAUUUUCCACUUUUGUUAAAGUAGAGAAGAACAAAGUGACUCCUGUACCCUCAGGAUCAGCCCUCAGGGACUUGUUUAACAUUCCACCUCCACCUAAAGUAAAAGCUCCUUGUCCCCCACCCCCUGAAACCUGGGCUCACAAUAAACGUACAGUUGAGCUUCUAUGUGGCCCAAGUCCAUGCCCCAACAGGAUAUAUGAGCUUCAAAAACAACAAAAAGACCCUUCACUAAUGAAAAAACAGGACACAACAGAUCACACAGACCAAACCUCUUUAGAAAGGCACAUAUCAGUUGAAAUGAAAACAAAUGAACCCCGUUCAGAGAAUAAAGAGGUCACAACUGAAGCAAAGAAUGAGGCCAUGCCUGUUCAAAAACAAGUGACUCUGGAUGAAACUCUAGUUUUAAGGCAUAAAGAAAGUCCACCGAUGAAUGAAAAAGAAGAAGAACGUCAUCCUGAGAGGGAAACUGCAAGUGUGAAUGAGAAACAAGAGCAGAGAGAUUUAGAAGACCAGAAGAUGGAACAAGAAAGUCCUGUUACUUCAGAGAAAGUGCCAUCAGACGAGGUUGAUCAAAGAGUGCCGUCAUCAACACAGCAGUUGAAAACUGAGAAGCAUCAGCUUGAUACAAGUGCGUUGCUAGAGAAUGACACUUCGACCCCAAAGACAGAGAGCACUGACACAGAGGACCAAAACUUUGUCAAGCACUGCACUGACAAAGAUAUUCAAGAUCAUACACCCACUAAAAAUCUAAGUUCAGAGCCCCCUAGAGUCACUGGAAACUCUCCACCUCCCUCUCCACCUCCUGCACAUCAUCCUCCUCCACCUCCUUCUAAAAACUCUCCUGCCUCCUCAGAGUCCAAACCUUCACUUGAGCCAGAUACAGAAAAAGAAUACUCCAUUUUGGAGUGUUCCUGGCCCCCACCACCUCCACCUUUAGAAGAGUCAUCUGAUUUAGUAUUUGAAGUACAGGAUGAAAUAGACUUUCCUCCACCUCCACCACCACUCACACAUGAAACACCUUCAGACAUGUCAGAUGACCGCAACAUGGAAUCAACCGGACAGGGAAACAACAUGGCUCAAGAGGACUCCUCUUAUGUGCCAGAUAUAGCUAAUCAGGAAGUGCACAAUUCAGAGAAAUCUUAUGAUGAACAACCAACUGUUGAUUCCUCUUUGAAUGGUCCAGAGGCGUUAGAUGACGAAUCAUUUGAUCAGUCCCAAGUCAAACCACAGUCCUCUGAGAAUGUUUCACAAGUCUCCCAUGAUCUGGUUUGUUCAAAACCUCCUGUACUUCCUGAAUUUUCCUCUCAAUCCCAGGAGGAACCUUUCCAACAGCUGCCUGAGGAAGUCCGUCUUCCACCUCUACAGGAUCCUCCAAGUCCUACAAUCAUGUUAGCCAAAGAUUUAUCAAAGCAAGUAACAUCUGAAACACCUGUACUCACUACUGAAGUGGCUAGUCCUCUUUCAAUGGAAGAUCAGUCUACGUUUAAUUUCAGAAGACAACCAAGUCUAAUGAGCAAAGACAACAGGAGCAAGGAACUUUUCUCCAGGCCUAAAAGUGCACCUAUUCCAAAGGAAGAUGCAAACAUUCCCCUUGUGACACCUUCUCUACUUCAGAUGGUGCGUCUACGGUCUGUAAAUGUUGAAGACCAGGUUAACACACUCUCACAGGAUUGCAAACCUGAUAAGGAAGGCACCCCAGAUCAGGAUCAGGGAACACCUAGUCAGGUAAUUCCACAAAAACCUAUACGUAAAUCCUGCUUAAAGUCCACGCAAUCAUCGGUGAAGUCAUCCCCUGCUAUGGUCUUGGCCCCUUCAAUGCGCCUUCAAGAGGCAAUACGUAUGAAGACGGCUGCAAUGACCUCCAGUGGAGUUCCAGCAAGGAUCAGCCUACGCUUGCCAACCCCCACCACGAACAGCAAUGAUAUACCUGUACUAUCUCCUAAAACACAAGAAAGUAGUGACCUGCACAAGUCCCCUGCAUCCACAGCCAGUUUCAUUUUCUCCAAGAGCACAAAGAAAGUUGUCAUUGAGACACCUACAUCUCCAGAGGUCCAGGCUACCCUCAAGCAGAACCUUGCAGCUGAGCUCAUGCAGUUUUCUGAUCAAACUAAGUCAACGGUUACAAAUGAGACAAAAAAGCAUGUUAAGGUGCCACCACCUGUGGCUAAGAAACCAGCACAUGCAACAAAUCCAUUAGAUAAGUUUGGGACUGCCACAGCACUUGCAAUUGAAAGCUCAUCAAGUAAGCAAAAAAAUGGAAUAGAGAAUGGACAAAUUGAGAACGUGCAACCUGCUGGCCAGCGAGCACAAUCCCAAAGGACAAAGAUGCCAGCAAGUACAACAGAGACUGCAAGUACUCUUGAGGUGUCAUAAGGCUUGGGGAGAAUUGUUCAAUCACUGUUCUUUUAAUGUAGAAAGUUAGUGAAAGCAGGGUCUAGCCACCAAGGACAAUAUAGCUGUUAUAUUGUAAAAGCCUUAGCCUGAACAUGGCCUUCAUAUUUAUGCAAAAAAAUUGGAUUGGAGUUGGUCCCAAUUCCUUUAAUAUUAUAGCUUUACUGAGCUUUACUGUAGCUUUGGGGUAUUUUUCUAUACAGUAUAGUUUUUGUCUGUUUUGGCAAAACAUUAAAAAGUCACCUUUAUUUAUUAAGGGUGGCUGUUAAAAGUGGAUUUUGUAAAUUCUCAAGUUGACUGCAAAUAUUAAACUGUCAUAUUUAGUGGUCAUUAAGGGUAGUAGUUACUGCUGAUCAGAAAUGAAACUAAACGGAGCUGCUUUGAUGUUCUCUAGUGAAUAUCAAACUUUAUUAUUAUGCUCAAAUGUUUUUCCCAACGCAAAUAUGCAUUUUUAAUGCUCACAUUAAGUACAGAGUUUAUCCUCCAGCAGCUAUUGGAGAUGGUUACUUAUACUAACACAUUUUGAGUGUAUGUACAUAUAUAUUUACACAUUUUAUUUUACAAUAUUACAGAGCUUUGCUCAAUGCACCUGUAUAAUUAGAAUACAUGUGAUUUAGAAAUCACAGGAUAUAUAGGCUGUGGUUGGGAGAUGGGGAAAAAUGUAUAUUCUGAACUUUGGGAAGCACUUUGCAAGUGACAUAACGCUGCAAGACCCACUUCUGAUAAAAUCAGCAAGGCAAGUAAAUUAUAUGCUCCCUCUAAAACACACAUA